AUGUCCAAACAGAAAACCCAAACCAGAACGAGGGUAAACGUCUUGAAAAUUACAACCACAUUUCUUUAUUGCACUGGCUUUCUAAAAAUGAAGAAGAGGGACAAUUUUGUCAUCAAACUUCCUGAAAAUCUCCAAUAUAUUAACAUAAGCCACAGUAAACUUGGUUAUCCUAUUCCACGAAUCAAGUUUGCCGAGAACAAAGUAAAAACGUUAGAUCUUUCGACAAAUAUUCUAAAUAAAUGGCACGGUCCAGUAUUGGGUGUCGAAAAUCUUGAAUGGUUAAGUCUAACUAACAACUACUGCGACGAGAUAUAUUUUGAUUUUUUUCGUGGAAUGAUAAACCUUCAUACUCUUCAUAUCGACUCCAAUUUUCUAGCUUUUGACUUCGAAAUGGAUGUAAAUGGAAGUAUCUUUCAACCACUUGGGAAACUGAAUACACUGGAUAUAUCUGAUAAUAAAAUCACAGUUCUUCCACCGAAAUUUCUAAAUGCUCAGGUAAAACUAAAACAUUUAGAUUUAUCGAACAAUAAUAUGAAGGAAUGGACGUUGGAUGUUGAUCAUAUGCAUGAUUUGGAAUUGAUCGAUCUUAGCAACAACAGUUUUUCUACCCUACCUUCGUCUUUAAGACGAUUUGGUGAUAUGCAACAUAAAAGGGGGAAAGAUCUGACGAUCAACAUGUUAGGGCAGACUCUACAAUGUACAUGUGAAAACGUUCGCUUCUUAAAAUGGAUAAUGACUAACACAACGCAAUUUGUCCGAAGAAAUGCAUAUAAGUGUGAAGACAUACAGGGGAAAAUGAUCUCUUUGGACAACCUGGAGCAAGUAGUGUUGAACUUAGAAAAACAAUGCGCUUCGUGGACAGUGAUGGUUGUCGUUUUAACCAGCAGUCUUUUAGUAGUUCUAACUGUACUAGUGGUUGGUUUACUCUAUAGAUUCCGCUGGAAGCUUCGAUAUUUAUAUUAUUUGACAAGAAGCAAAUAUCGGAGAUAUGUGGCUGUUAGUGGAGCAGCUGAAAAUUCUUUCGAAUUUAAUGCUUUCGUUUCCUACGCGGACGAAGAUCGGCGGAUUGUCGUUACAGACAUGAUUGAAAAGCUUGAAACACAACAAGGGAUGCAACUCUGUAUUCACCACCGUGAUUUCUUGGUAGGGGAGGUAAUUGCUGCUAAUAUAACCAACGCAGUGAGAAACAGUAAGAAAACUCUGAUUCUGUUGACGAAGAAUUUUCUGAAGAGUUAUUGGUGCAUCUAUGAAUUGAAUAUGGCCUUAAUGGAAAGUAUUAGCACUGGUAGAAAUGUUGUAAUUGUUAUAAUUUACGAACAUAUUCCCGUUAAAGAUUUACCGCACGCGCUCAUUCAGCUAAUGAGAAAGGAUUCUUAUGUAGAAUAUACUGAUGAUCCCGAGGGUAAUAUUGUCUUUUGGGACAGUCUUACAAAAGCUAUUAAUGCUGAUUAAAAUUUCACAAAGUCUGUUCUUUUGCAAAAGUACACACAUUUUGAUAUGGCAAUUUGGAGAGUUUAUGGAUGCUUGUAUAAUUUGCAUUGUGUUGGUGUCCAUGGUGGUGUUCAACACAUACUAACACCGACUGUUAAACUAUUUUAAUUUUAUACGCCCAAAAUUUUCAUAUGGAAGUAUUAUACUGUCAUCCCUGUCCGUCCGGACGUCCGCAAUUUGUUUGUGGACAGUCUACAGGUCAAAAUUUUUGACGAAAUUUGAAAUAUAGGUCUAUCGCCCAAAGCUAUCGGCUCCUUUCGAUAUUGACAGGUAUCGGACUUCAUGGAUUAUGAAUUUUUAGUUUGUGGACACUCUAGAGGUCACAAUUUUUCAUCUGAUUUUGAUGAAACUUGAAAUGCAUGUUUAUAACCGAAAGAUCUUGGUUCAUUUCGAUGUUCGCGCAUAUUGGAUCGUAGCUUCCUGAAUUGUACGAAAAAUAGCACUUUUAGCUUGUGGUCCCUCUAGAGGUCAUAAUUAUUAUCUGAUUUAAUAAAAACGUUCGAAUAUAUCAUCGUGAUGUCGGUUAAGUUCGAAUUUCGUGAAAAUCGGACCAACACUGCCGGACAAAAUGGCCUCCUCUCGUACGCAAAUAGUGUAAAAAAUAUGGUAUAUCAAGGUUUGAUCCGAUUUCGAUGAAACUUGGUCCCUUUUGAUAUUCGCACAUAUAUUUUCGUAACUUUCUGAAUUAUAACCCCUUGAUUGUACGAAAAAUCACGUUUUGACCUUGUGGACCCGCUAGAAUUCACAAUUUGUAUUCAAUAUUAAGAAAACGUUUAAAUAAAUUACCGUUACACCUCAAGAAGGUUGAGUUUGAAUAUCGUAAAAAUCUGUCCGAAACUACUGGACAAAAUGGCCGCUCCUUGUACCCAAAUAGUGUUACAGUAUGUAAUACCAAUUUGUGGACACCCAAAGAGUCACAAUUUUUAUUCGAUUUUGAUGAAACUUGAAAUGUAUGUUUAUAAUUCGAGGAUCUUAAUUCCUUUCGAUAUUUGCGUAUAUCGGACCAUAACUUCAUGGAUUAUGGCCCAUGAUUGUAUGAAAAGUCACGUUUUUAGCGUGUGGACCCUCUAGAGGUCACAAUUUUUAUCCGAUUUUACAAAACGUUUAAAUGUAUCACUUACACCCUACUGACGGUUGAGUGCGAAUUUCGUGGAAAUUGGACGGAAACUAGCGCCUGACAAAAUGGUCGCUCCUUGUACGCAAUAAGUGUAAAAAGUAUAUAAUAGAAAGGUUGUGAACCCCCUAGAAGUCAUAAUUUGUAUCAAAUUUUGAUGAAACUUAAAAUAUGUGUUUAUCAUAGUUUAUGUCCCAAAAAUCUCGGUUCGUUUCGCUAUUUGCCCAUAUCAGACCGUAACUUCCUGGACUAUGACCCCUGAUUGUACGAAAAAUCGCGUUUUUAGCUUGUGUGGUUUUACGUCCACUUCCACCUAAGGUGAUAUCGUAGACAAGGCGGUAUUGUCAGUCAAUGAUGCUCUAAAUAGCCAUCGCACGUGGAAUUUCCAAUACAUCUAUCGACUAUUAAAGCCAUAAAAAUCUAUUGUUAAUGAUUCUGAAUAACAAUAAUAUUUCUGAUUCGUUUUACAGCAGCUUUGGAAAAUUAUGUUCGUUUUGUUUUUCAAUUUGCCAUAUUAUGAACUAUACCGUUAGGAGCGGCAUUUUUUUGUUUAGUAAAAUUAAUAUCUCCGAAGCUCCUUCGUUAGGCAAGAAUAGUAUACUAGUAAUAUCUUCCUUUUGUUUUUACAAGGUUCUCAAAAUAAUCGUUGAGAUGCCUAACGUUCGUGUUUCUUUAGAUUUAUCGAUCUAGCUUUAUGUACCGUUUCGUAGAAAAUAGUCUUGAUUAUCCCGGCCUGUCAAACAGCCGGAGAACGGUCGGUAGACUGGUUAAGAGGGACUUUUUCAUAUCAAGGGCAGAUAAUCUGUUUUGCACUAAAAAAACAAAUGCCCGGAUUUAAUGGCGGCAGCUUGACAACUUAUUCAGUCUAAUUUGUUAAUUAUUUGAAAUGCUUAUAACUUGUUAAAUACAACACGACAGUUUAUUUAGGGACUAUAAAUGUGAACUGGUAAGUUAAGACUUAUUGGGAGAUAUUUAUUUUUGGAGGGGCACCCUAACAUAUAUACAAUAUUUAAUAACUGCAAACAACGUGUGUUUAGAUGUUCAGAAAUAGUUAAUAAUUGUGAUUAUCCAUAAUCCAUAUAUAUUAUUAGUUGUAAAUAUACACGUGUAUAUAUUUUAAUACUAUUAAAUAAACAAUGUAUAAUUAAUGCAUACAUAGUUAUAUAAUAGUAUGUUGGUAUUUGGUAGCUUUUAAUUGGUAAUAGGUUGUAUUGUGUAGUAUUUGCUAAACAAUCCUGUUCAUUCAGAUAUACUAUAAUAAAUAGCUAAUAAGCGUAAAUGUAAAACAUGCAUUUAAUAACGGUAGAUAUGAUAUUAAAGAAACAAGGCAGAAAAAGAACAACUAUACCUUUCAAUAGACAUGCCAUUUAUGUUUUUUUCAUCUAAAUUUUACAAGUUAAAACUUUUAAGAUUUGUCUGGACCUAUAGAAAACGGCGGGCGCCUCCCCGACUUCGAUAAAAUCGACUCACUGGUUACCCGUUGUUUUUAGAAUUCAAUAUAGAAUCAUUCUGGCUACGUUAUAUUUAUCAUCUCUUUUAAUUAUUUAAACCCGUACAUUGGGGUCAUCGAAUGAUCACUAUUCAAUUAUCUUCAAAACAGUCAGAAUGAAAACUUGCUCUGAACUAUCGUUUACAGUAUAGGCCCCCAAAAUUGUGGAAUAAGCUCCCGUUUGCCCUCAGAAGUUCUACCUCCUUAUCGAGUUUUAAAUCACAAUUGAGAACAUUUUGAUCAGCUUUUUGAACACAUUUUUGUGAAAGCUUUCUAAUAAUAAUACUAAUAAAUAAUAAAAAUACCGGUGCCACGACCAGUGUUUUGGAGCGUCUUCUCGUUCAUUAGCGAACAUAAUCAAAAUGAAACUUGACAGGUACCCUUUGUAAUAAAUACCAUGAUGCUUGUUUUUCUUUACUCGUAGGUCGUUUAGUUCUUGAUUAUUUGAUUGUUGCUAACUAUGUUUAUGUUCAGAUUUUCCGGACAUAAUCACCCCCCCCCCCCACUUAAAACCUACAUUUUUACGUUGUCAAAUUUUAUGACAAUUUUUUAAUUUUGUUUACUAUGCAUAUCUAUAACAUAUCAUAUUUCUUUGUAGUCACUCGUUGCUACUUCGGGCUUUAUUGACAAAAGACGCUUUAUGACAAUUUUUAAAUUUUGUUUACUAUGCAUAUCUAUAACAUAUCAUAUUUCUUUGUAGUCACUCGUUGCUACUUCGGGCUUUAUUGACAAAAGACGCUUGAUUCUUAUAGGUCUACAAUAUUUAUUUAAGAUUACCAAGAGAGGAUUGUAUAAAGAGAAGAGGGGAAUUCCCACUAAACGUCGUUUUCUGUGUAUCCAUUUCCUCCACCAUUGUUCAACAACCUUUUCAUCUCUAUAUGUGUAUAAAUCAGCCGUGAUAGACGUCAUCCAAAAUCUAUACUUCCUCGCUACUAUGAAAUGAGCUCUUGUAUGGCCCUUGAUAUGCAUAGCCCCGUUAAAGACGCAUGAUGCAUGUGCAAAAUCAAAUAAUAUAUAAAUUAUUAUAGACACUUAUUCUCAUGACAGCCCAGAAUCAACUAUUUAGAUUAUCGGAUGACCGCUAUUUAAUGAUUUAACGUUAAAAUGAAUAAUCGAGAUUUUUAUAUCAGUAUAGCAUUGGUACUGACAAUCGAGACCAUUUACCUAUAUCUUGUUAAAACACCCAUAAUGUCGCUCAUAAUAAAGUAACUGGAUUGAAAGUUUGAA